CCGGAAAGGAAGAAGGGUGCUGCUUGUGGCUCCGCCGCCCGGAAUGUCUGUGGGUUCAUUCUGCAGGAAUAACAUUUUAGAGGGCUACAAUGUUCACCCACUGGAGGAUGUUUGCAAUGAAUCAUCGGAAAGUAUUCAGUACCAUGUGCUACUGCAGAAUAAAAGCAAUUUUAAAAAGGUCAAAGACUCGGGUGCCUCUUAGAAGAAACUACAGCUCCCCAGCAGGUGUGGUAGGAAAUGAUGUCAAAUCCCUUCACUCCAUCAUUAGCCCUCCUGUGGCUAAAAUUCGUAAUAUUGGAAUUAUGGCUCAUAUUGAUGCAGGGAAAACUACCACCACAGAACGAAUCUUGUACUAUUCUGGAUACACAAGAGCAUUGGGAGAUGUCGAUGAUGGAGACACAGUGACGGAUUUCAUGGCUCAAGAGCGAGAAAGAGGCAUCACCAUCCAGUCAGCUGCUGUGACGUUUGACUGGAAAGGGUACAGGGUCAAUCUGAUUGACACACCAGGUCACGUGGACUUUACCCUGGAAGUUGAGCGCUGCUUGAGAGUGUUGGACGGCGCAGUGGCUGUGUUUGAUGCCUCCGCUGGUGUAGAGGCACAGACCCUGACCGUGUGGAAGCAAGCUGACAAACACAAGAUACCCAGGAUCUGUUUUUUAAACAAGAUGGACAAAACAGGAGCAAGUUUUAACUAUGCGGUUGAAAGCAUCAGGGAGAAGUUAAAGGCUAAGCCUCUGAUUCUACAGCUGCCAAUUGGUGAAGCCAGAACUUUCAAAGGAGUGGUGGAUGUAGUCAACAAAGAAAAACUUCUUUGGAAUUCUAACUCUGGUGAUGGAAAAGACUUUGAGAGAAAACCCCUCUUGGAAACGAGUGAUCCGGAAUUGCUGAAGGAGACUGUUGAAGCAAGGAACGCUCUGAUUGAACAAGUUGCAGAUUUGGAUGAUGAAUUUGCUGACUUUGUUUUAGGAGAAUUUAGUGAAAAUUUUGAUUUGGUACCAGCUGAAAAGCUACAGACUGCAAUCCACAGAGUGACGCUGGCUCAGGCUGCGGUGCCUGUGCUGUGUGGGAGUGCCUUGAAAAACAAGGGCGUUCAGCCCUUGCUGGAUGCCGUUACUCUGUACUUACCGUCACCUGAAGAGCGCGAGUAUGGGUUUCUGCAGUGGUACAAGGAUGAUUUGUGUGCACUGGCAUUUAAAGUGCUGCAUGACAAACAGAGAGGACCCCUGGUUUUCCUGCGCAUUUAUUCCGGCACACUGACCCCCCAGUUGGCCAUCCAUAACAUUAAUAGGAACUGCACGGAGAGAAUGAGUCGUCUGCUUCUGCCAUUUGCUGACCAACACGUAGAAAUCCCUUCCCUGACGGCCGGUAACAUCGCUUUGACGGUUGGUCUUAAGCAAACUGCCACUGGAGACACCAUCGUCUCUUCCAAGUCCAGCGCCUUAGCUGCAGCCCGUCGAGCAGGGAGAGGAGAAAAGAAGCACGGGAAAAACAGUGAAGCAGAGAGUCUGCUGCUGGCUGGGGUGGAGAUUCCAGAACCUGUUUACUUCUGCACCAUAGAACCGCCAUCAGUGGCUAAGCAGCCAGAUUUGGAUCAUGCCUUGGAACGCCUUCAACGUGAAGAUCCUAGUUUGAAAGUGAGGCUUGAUCCUGACUCUGGACAAACGGUCCUGUGUGGUAUGGGGGAGUUACAUAUUGAGAUUAUUCAUGACCGAAUCAAGAGGGAAUAUGGCCUAGAGACCUAUCUAGGGCCUCUGCAGGUGGCAUACCGGGAAACCAUCUUAAACUCAGUUCGUGCCACAGAUACUCUGGACAGGACUUUAGGAGACAAGCGGCACUUUGUGAGCACAGAGCUGGAAGCCCGGCCAGUGGAGGCACCAGCUGGCAUGGCCGUGGUUGAGUAUGCUGACGGUGUCAGUGAAGACCUGGUGCAGGCCUCCCGUGAGGCCAUUGAAAAUGCAGUCCACAGUGCAUGCCUCCAGGGACCUUUACUGGGCUCUCCAGUUCAUGAUGUGGCAAUAAAGUUGCACUCAUUGAUGAUUCACCCUGGAACCUCGACAACUAUGGUUAAUGCCUGUAUCUCAAGAUGUGUCCAGAAGGCCCUAAAGAAAGCGGACAAGCAGGUGCUGGAGCCACUGAUGAGUCUGGAGGUCACAGUGACUAGAGAUUACCUCAGCCCUGUCCUGGCAGAUUUGGCACAAAGAAGAGGGGACAUUCAGGAAAUUCAGACUCGCCAGGACAACAGAGUUGUUAUAGGAUUUGUUCCUUUAGCGGAAAUUACGGGCUAUUCAACUGUGCUUCGAACGCUGACAUCAGGCUCAGCUACUUUUGCCUUAGAAUUCUCUACUUAUCAAGCCAUGAGUCCUCAAGACCAAAGUACUCUGCUCAACCAGAGAAGUGGUUUGGCCCAAGUGCUUUAGGUCCUUGGAAAUGCCUGGAAAAGCACUUACCUGCUCCAUUCCCACUAAGAACGGAUGCUGUUUCAUUCGGUGGCUGGUAAAUCACUGCUUCGGGAUGUGAGAAGAACUCCACAAAAGCUGUAGAUGAUGGAGUUGGCGCUGCCGUUCUAACACUGUGGAAUGUGCUUGGCUGUCAGUGCGCCUCAACUCUGUGCCUGGUUGGAUCCCCUACUUCUCUGUUGCUGUGAUAAAAUGACCUGACCAAGGCAGCUUAUAAGAGUUUGUUUUGGCUCAAGGUUCCAAAGGAGAGUCCAUAAUUGCGGGGACAGCAGGCAGCAGGAAGCUGAGAAAGCCCAUCUGAAACCUCAAGCACAGAGCAGAGAGUGCAAACUUGAAGGAGGGCCAGCAGUGGGCUCUAAGUCCACCCAGUGAUGGACUUCCUAAACCCCCCAAAUAGCACCACCCACUGGGAACCAUGUGUCCAAAGGCCUGGCCUGUGAGGAACAUGCUCAUUUAAAUUUUUCCUUUUACAUUUUUUCCUUUGAGUGUUUUGCCUACA